UCAAAUUGUAUAAACUCGUAAAAUUAUUCAACAACUUGCUAUUUUCACAACCUUGUGUUACAUAAAAUGGUAGAUUAAAAUCUCCUAAAAUUAUCACAUCCACACCCUUAUCUAAAAUGUGACCAAGGGGCUCCGCUGGUGUACAAAGUGGAAUCUCAGAUGCUUUUUCCUCAGUCCUGAAGACCAUGCCCCCAGGACCGUGGAUAUGCGGUAGUUGUUCCUGUUUGCCAUUUCUGAGCGAUUUCGCAACCUUCCAGAGAGGGUUACAUAAGAAAUAUAGUAAUUAUCGUUAUUGUAUCGUUCGAGAAUGUAAAAACACAUCGAUAAAGACACCAGGAAGUCUGUGGAUUAGAGUGCCCACGGAAAUAACGAUGCGCAACACCUGGCUAAGGCUUGCUCAAAGGGAUCCUGAAUCUUUAUCGACUGUAACUCAAAUUUAUUUUUGCGAAGAUCACUUUGAUGUUAUUGAAUAACUUGAAAAAAAUUGUAUUUCAAGUCAAGGAGAAACAUAUUAACAUUCUUAUGUUUAUAUCUUUUAGUUAGAAAAUGACAUGGAAAAUUAUAUGAAAUACAAAAUAAUGGGCUCAGUUAAAAGGAUUCGAAUGAAACCAGGUUGUAUACCAUCCAGGUUUGGCAGCCAGUGUAACAAGAAACGCAACCUUAGCCCAACUCCAGAUCAGCUACAGCAUGUCAACAAGAAAACAUUACUAAUGCCUAUAUUAGAAGAUAAUAAACAAGUUUGUCCCAAUGAAACAUCAAUAUCACAAUUUCAACAAGAGUUACUUAAUAAGGAGGAUCUCAUGCCCUCAUGUUCCUCCUCUCUUGAGAAGUUCCAUGACAAAGCAAUGCAAGUAGUACAGUAUAAUACUCAGUUCUGGGAUCCAGCAGAACAAGUUCAACGAUCACAUGAACAUGUAUCAUGCUAUACUCACAAAGUGGUUCAAGGAUGUGUUUCAAAACAUUAUAGAAGUACAGAUGCCCAGUACAGUUUGGAUAUUGAAGAUAAUGUAUCUUUACCGAUUCAACCAAUUGCUUACCAAUCAAUUGCAGCAUCUCUCAAUAAACCAUGUGAAGAAAGGGACAACAAACUAACUAUAUCUGGCCAAUCAUUAUUUACUGAGGAACAAUGUGACAGUGAUGCAUCAUAUACAUUAUCUCAAGAAGGGUCAGACACUGAUUCAUCCCCAUCACAACCAUCAAGUCAGACUACUGUAGACAGUUCACAGGAAAAGUAUAUAAAAGAUCACAAAUCAAAUUUACAGUGUACCCUAUCUAAGAUAAUAAAAAAUCCCAAACUGUACAUUGGAAUACCGGCAAAGCUCUAUUUUAUAGUUGAUCUCAUUUCAAAACACACCAAGCUAUCAGAGAAAUAUAUUUUACUGUGUUUAAUGAAAAUAAAAUCAAAUAGAACAUUUUCUCAGUUAGCUAAUGAUUUCGAUAUUUCACUGUCUCAAGCGAGAGAAAUAUUUUGCAAUAAAAUAAGUUCAUUUUUUAGUGUACUUUUGCCUUUUAUGAAAACUUUCACCAUUUGUACAAUUAAAAACAAUCUGCCAAUAAAAUUUCACUAUAAAUAUCACAAAAUAAAUUGUAUCAUCUAUUGUCUAGAAAUUGUAAUUCAGAAACCAAAAAAUGCUAUUCAUCAGGCAUUGACUUGGUCCAAAUAUAAAAAAGCAAAUACGUAUAAAUACCUUAUAUCAUGCACACCAGAUGGUUUAGUUAGCUUCGUGUCUCGUGGAUAUGGAGGAAGAAUCAGUGACAUCAACUUACUUGAACACAGUAAAUUCUUUGAUAGUUUGCAACCAAAUUCUUAUAUUUUAGCUUAUAGAGGUUUUAAACAUACUGAAAUGUAUUUGAAACAAAGAGGUUUUACUUUGUUAAGGCUGCCAAUUAUUGCUAAUGCAUCAAAACAAACUGAAGAAAUAGCUAGACUCCGAAUUCAUGUGGAAAGAGUUAUCACAAGAAUUCAAGAGUUCAAAAUCCUACAACCACAUUCAGUAGUAAGUUUAAAUUUCUUACAUGUACUAAAUUCCUGUGUAAUUACUGCCUGUGCUCUAAUAAAUCUACAAGAUUCACUUAUUAAAUAAAAUAUCAUGACCUAUACAUAAUGCAUUGUAUUUUAAAUUAUUACACUGUCGCACUUUCAUAUAAUAUGUAUAUGGAAAAGAUUGGUAAGUAAUAGGUAACAUUGCCACUUUUUUACCAUGUUCAAAAUCACUGCUGGUGGCAUAAAAAUAUGUAGGAUUUACUUUUGCACAUAACAUAUGAAUUUGCACUUAAGCUAAGCAUUUUUAUGUUACUACCAUCUAUUAUAUAAUUUUCGAAUUUUUUUCUGUAGAUGGGCAUUUAAUUUCAAAAAGAAAUCUUUCUGUUGAUACCACCUGGUAACCCAACAACCAUGGGAUACUUAUCAGAAAUGAAAUUGCCACAUUUUGUAAAUUUCACACUUUGUCUUCUAAUGUUUGACUACAUUUUAUUGCCGGUUUCUGUACAGUUUUCGGUCCAAAAAUCACUGCAACCAGAGUUAUUCUCCCAUAACGAAGCUGAAUCCAUGGAUCACUUUUGUAUUGAUUUCUAGUAUGCAUUUCUGCAUACCUUAAUUUUUCAUCAUUCAAUAA